AUGGGUGUUAUGCCUGAGAUAGCUCAAGCAGUGGAGGAGAUGGACUGGCUUCUUCCUACGGAUAUCCAGGCAGAAUCCAUCCCACUGAUCUUGGGAGGUGGUGAUGUACUUAUGGCUGCUGAAACAGGGAGUGGAAAAACUGGUGCUUUUAGCAUUCCAGUUAUUCAGAUUGUUUAUGAAACACUGAAGGACCAGAUGGAAGGCAAGAAAGGGAAAGCAACUAUUAAAACCGGUGGGGCAGUGCUCAAUAAAUGGCAAAUGAACCCAUAUGAUAGAGGAUCAGCUUUCGCGAUUGGAUCAGAUGGUCUGUGUUGUCAAAGCAGAGAGGUAAAAGAAUGGCAUGGAUGCAGAGCAACUAGAGGUGUGACUAAAGGGAAGUACUACUAUGAGGUUUCCUGUCAUGACCAAGGCUUGUGCAGAGUUGGCUGGUCAACUAUGCAGGCUUCACUUGAUUUGGGCACUGAUAAAUUUGGUUUUGGCUUUGGUGGCACUGGUAAGAAAUCUCACAACAAGCAAUUUGACAGCUAUGGUGAGGAAUUCACUAUGCAUGAUACAAUUGGGUGUUUUCUAGACAUAGAUAAAGGACAAAUAAAAUUUUCCAAAAAUGGGAAGGACCUUGGCCUUGCAUUCGAAAUCCCACCACAUAUAAGGAACCAAGCACUUUUUGCAGCCUGUGUACUGAAGAAUGCUGAACUGAAAUUCAAUUUUGGUGAAGAAGACUUUAAGUUUCCACCAAAAGAUGGCUAUAUCGGUCUCUGCAAGGCUCCAGAUGGCAAUGUUGUAAAGUCACAACACUCAGGAAAUGCGCAGGUGGUUCAAACACAGAACCUUCCAAAUGCUCCAAAAGCAUUGAUUGUAGAACCAUCAAGAGAGCUGGCAGAACAAACUUUGAACAAUGUGAAGCAGUUCAAAAAAUAUGUCGAUAAUCCCAAAUUAAGGGAGCUGUUGAUUAUUGGUGGGGUUGCUGCAAGAGAUCAACUGUCUGUGCUGGAACAAGGA